AUGCCUGUAACAAAGCGUACUUCAAAGAUCGUGUUCUACAAUGAACUGGAUGAUGACGAUGAUUUCAUUCCAAUUGUCGAUAGUACGAAAAAGAAUCGGAAUAGUAAAAUAAGUGAAUUAAAAGAAACAAGCAAACAAUUAGCAAAAACACGUGAGGAGAAAAUAUCUCCAUUCGAAUCACAAGAACCUGUGUUAAUUCUUGAACCAGUCAAACAGCCAAUCAUUGUCGUUGAAGAAAAUCCGAUUUCUACUAGUCAAUCGUCGUCGGAGAGUAUCCCUGAUGUGGAUGAAGAACACGAAGAUUUGUCACCGAAGACAAAGCGAAUGAAGCAUGAGGAUGUCAUAGAAGAAAAUGAAUCGGAUCAUGAAAAUGAAGCACCAAUUUCUAAGAAUGCCACUUCGAAGACCGGAGCUUCCAGCACGACGAUCUUCUGCUCCAUUAGGUUUUCCAACCAAUACAUAUUUCAAGAACUCCAUGCCAUGACCACACUCGAUACAUCAAUGGAAAAUGAAGAAAAUCAACAUGGUGACCUAACAACAGUUAAAUUUUUAAUACAUUAUCAACAACAGGCAACGGUUAUCUAUUUACCAUAUAAUUUAACAUUAGAAUCAUUUUACAAUCAUUUAUGUUCAAUAUGUCAAUUAACUUUGGCCAACCCGCCCACUUUCACAAUUAAAUGGCUAGAUGAAUCCUUAGAUGCAAUAACAAUGUCAACUCAACGAGAAUUGAACACUGCAAUACGUUUGUAUAAUAAAAAUUCCAACAAGGAGUUACACAUUCAUGUUUUUCCUAAUCGACCUGAGGAACCUGGACUUCUAUGUCCAGGCGAAGAUCCACUCAUUUACCGACGAGGUGCGCGUCGCUGGAGAAAGUUAUAUCUUAUCAAUGGACAUCGCUAUCAGGCGAAACGAUUUAGUACAACAGCUGCUUGCACUGUUUGCAAUGAUCGUUUAUGGGGUCUAGGAAGGCAAGGUUACAAAUGUUUGGACUGUCGAGUUCUUGUACAUAAACGUUGUGUUAAACAACUACGUCUCGUCUGCGGAAGCACCUCACCACAACAUACGAAGUUGAUCGAUACGAAUGGUAGACAUGCAUCUGCUGGUAAUACAACGAAUGAAGUUCACGAACAAAUUGACCGCUAUCGACCAGCUGGUGCUAGUGUUAUGAAUUCACGAGAUCCUAUGACAAAACAAAAAAUGUCGAAUAUUUCUGAGCCUGGCCCAUUGAAGAGAGCUCAAGGUUUUGCGGAUCUUGGACAUAAUCCAAUUGAUGAUCCAAGCGGUGCUAAUAGUAAUUAUGUUGAUGCAGGAUCAGAUAUGCAAACAUCAACAUCAUCGUCUCCAAUGAUAAGUUUACAAGAUUUCGAAUUACUCAAAGUUAUCGGUCGUGGUUCGUAUGCAAAAGUUUUCCUGGCUGAAUAUCGACCGCGUCAUGCACGUCAAAGUGGUCAAACACCUCGUCUUUAUGCGAUGAAAGUAAUUAAAAAGUCGAUUGUUAACGAUGAUGAAGAUAUCGACUGGAUUCAAUGCGAAAAAAACGUUUUCGAAAAAGCUACCAACCAUCCAUUUCUAGUUGGUCUUCAUUCGUGCUUUCAAACACCAUCGAGACUCUUUUUCGUUAUCGAAUUUGUCACUGGUGGUGAUCUUAUGUAUCACAUGCAACGGCAAAGAAAAUUGCCUGAAUCAAGCGCAAGAUUCUAUGCAGCAGAAAUAACAAUUGCAUUACAUUUUCUUCAUGAACAUGGAGUUAUCUAUCGUGAUCUGAAAUUAGAUAAUGUUUUACUCGAUGCGGAAGGUCACAUAAAAUUAACUGAUUAUGGCAUGUGUAAAGAAGGUUUAGAUUUUAAACGCGAUGAACGUACCAGCACAUUUUGCGGUACACCGAAUUACUUAGCACCGGAAAUGUUACGCAAUCAUGAUUAUAACUUUAGCGUCGAUUGGUGGGCACUUGGUGUACUAAUGUUCGAAAUGAUGGUUGGUCGUUCGCCAUUCGAAAUCGUCGGCUCGGCAGAGAAUCCUGAUUUGAAUACUGAAGAUCGAUUGUUUCAAGUUAUUCUUGAACAAUCCAUACGUAUUCCCCGAUCGUUAACCGUUCGCGCCAAGAAUGUUCUCGAUGGUUUUCUCAAUAAAGAUCCACGAAAUCGUUUAGGUUGUCGCUACGACCCGACAUUAGGUUGUCGUGCUGGCUUUCAAGAUAUUUGCUUGCAUCCAUUCUUUCAUCCAGCCAUCGACUGGCAACGAUUAGAAUCGAAACAAAUCGUCCCACCUUACAAACCAAUGUUAACCGAAGGUCGCGAUCUGUCACAUUUUGAUCCUCAAUUUACUAACGAAGAUGUGGUUUUAACACCUGAAGAUGAGCAAGUUUUAGCUCGUAUUCAACAAUCAGAAUUCGAAGGUUUCGAAUAUGUUAAUCCUUUGAUCAUGACUGUGGAAGGCAAUGUCUGA